CAGGCUCCCAUUGUCUCGGCAGAUGCCGCCUGGUCCAGCGAUCGUGCUGGGCGUUCAGUUUUCUGAGGUCGUGUUCUUUCUCUGGCCGGCCGGGUGGUCCCGCGGCCGAGGAGAGGCUUUCUGAAUCGGUGCGGCUCUUCUUUCUACCUUGGGAUCCACUUUGCCGUCCCGGGGCAGCAGCAGUUAUGUCCGCGCUGCGCUCUCUGCUGCUUCUGCUGCUGCCUCUGUGUCCCGGUCCCGGGAGCGAGGCAAAGGUCACCCGGAGUUGCACUGAGACCCGACAGGUGCUGGGGGCCCGGGGAUAUAGCUUAAGCCUACUCCCUCCCGCCCUGAUCGCAGGUGAGCACCUCCAGACCUGUCCCCAGGAGUACACCUGCUGUUCCAGCGAGAUAGAGCAGAAGCUGACCUGGGAGACCGAGACCAUCUUCCGAGGUCUGGUGGAGGAGAGUGGCUCCUUCCUGGUCCACACACUGGCUGCGAGGCAGAGAAGAUUUGACGAGAUUUUCCGGCAGAUGCUGGCAUCAGCGGAGCAGUCCCUGACCGUGAGCUUCCAGCGGGUCUACAGCCACGUCCUGUUUUCCCAUCACACCCCCCUUGUUCAGUGGCCUCUUCACUAGGCUGCGGGACUACUACGAGAGGUCCGGGGAGGGGCUCGACGAUGCCUUGGUGGACUUCUGGGCACAGCUCCUGGAGAGAGUGUUCCCCAUGCUGUACCCACA